AUGGAUCAAAUAACAAAAAUUUUAUUGGCCGCUGGGGUCGGUCUCUUCGGCACAACGACGGCCACCCUGGCCAUUUAUGUGAUUUUCCAUUGCCGUCACCUGUCCGGCCCGUUCCGUCACAUUCUCCUCUUCGACAUCGUCAAUUGGGGAUCGGUGAAUUUGGUGUCGAUUCUGUGGACACCGUUGGUCAUCUUUGGUGACAUCACAAAUGCGUUCGUCGUCGAGUUGGACUACAUCUCGACGGGACUCGUCUACUCUUUUUGCACGGUGGCCUUCGUUGUGCGCGUGCUUUUGUCGGUGAAUCGACUGCUCGCCUCAUUGGGAAACACAAAGCUUUUGAACCAGUUUUGCGCCUCGCUGAACGCCUGCAUGCUCGGUGCCUACAUUCUGUUGAUGGCUUUUUGGGGAGUCCAAUUGAUUCCCGGCUGUCGGGGCACGUUCAUCACCUCAGCGUUGAUCUAUUCGAACGAGCCGGGCGACUGUGCGACAACUCUGCUGUUCAUCACACAAUCCACCAUUCUCCCGUCAAUAAUCAGCAUCGAGAAUUUGCUCCUCCAAUUCAUUGCCUAUUAUUUCCUGACGAAGAGAAUAAAGGACGGAGCCCUUCUGUUGUUCACGGCGUAUUUCGUCAUCGUCGCGGCCGCAAAUCCGUCGCCUACACUGGCAUUUAUGACGUUCACGAUUGGAUGGCAAAUGUUUGCUGGUGGAUACAAUUUUCUCUACUUUGCUUUCAACUACCAAUUCAUGGAGAAGACGAAAAGCUCAAGUCAAGCAUUCGUCACUUUGGUCACCGCCGUAGCU